AUGGCGCGUCGUUCUUUACGUGCCCGCUCGUCUGCCGCAAGCGGAGGUCGUCACCCCAGGCGCCGAAUUCAACGCGAGGAUGAUGAUGAUGAUGAUGAAAUCCCGGAGGUCUACCGGGAGAUGCUGGCGGAAGCUGAGGCCCGAGAAAACAGUCAAUCCGAAAAUGACCAUCCUGUUAAGCGACGGAAAGUCGAGGAGAAGUCAAAUGCCACUCGAGCAAAUUCUGGGCCCGAGCCUAUUCCUGCUAUCAACAAAGACGAGGUCAGAGAAGUACAAAUACAAACGGUUUACGACUCAGCCGCUACUGAUGAAUCCGAUAUGGAAUGGGAAGAUGUUGAAAUCCAACAGACUCCUGGCGUGAUGGCUUCCAGAUUCUCUGGGAAUGAGGAACCGCUCCAGAUCACUCUUGGUCAGCAACAGAGUGUUAAAGGGAGGACAAUUAUUCCAAAGCGAAGACUGGUUUCCGCGGCCGAAAAGAAGCUGCGAUUAUCCAUUCAUAAAGUCCAUCUUUUAUGUCUUCUUGGUCAUGUCCAGCUGCGCAACCUCUACUGCAACGAUGAGGGUUUACAGGCCUACCUCAAGCGAACGUUGCCAAGGCAUAUUGUUGCUUUAUUGAACCCGUCAAAGGAAAAGCCGCAAUUUACCAGGUCUACCACGUUUAUCGAUGGGUUGAAUCAGGCUAGUGACAUAUUCAUUAAACGUUUCAAGGUGACGAACCCGGGAAUGAGGCGGCCUCACUGGGCAAAUGACCCGAACUCCUUGAAACAGAAAGCGGAAACGAUAAUUUCCAAUGCGGAGGUGAUCCUAUCGAAGGAUGACUUCUGCAGCCAAGCAAGAACGUUACAGGGGUCUCGUGAUUUCGGUGCUCAAUUGUUCUGUGCUCUGUUGAGAUCUGUAGGCGUGGAUGCGAGGUUGGUCUGUUCGUUACAGCCACUACCAUUCUCCGGAGGAGUGAAGGAUGCAGUUGCCGUACCGGAAUCUCGGCAAAUAAUCAUUUCGUCGGAUGAUCAUGAGAGUUCUCCUGAUGAACAGGUACGCUCUGGUUCUACACCGGCUCGUUCAAGGAUCCGGAGAUUCGGUCAGCCUCAAAUCACCCCUCCACAGCCUAAGCAGACCACCGCGCGUCCAGGAACAAAUCCAUGUUUCCGCGAAUCCUCAUAUCCCGUGUUCUGGGUAGAGGCGUUCAACGAGGCAGUUCAAAAAUGGAUCCCAGUCGACCCUCUAGCGACGAAAACUCUGGCGAAACCUCUUAAACUGGAGCCACCAGCUAGUGAUCCUUACAAUAUCAUGAGUUAUGUAGUUGCCUUUGAGGAAGACGCCUCGGCAAGAGAUGUGACUCGGCGAUACGUCAAAGCAUUCAACGCGAAGACCCGCAAGUUACGGGUAGAGAGUACCAAAGAUGGGGAAAUGUGGUGGGCACGAACGCUAAAGUUCUAUGAGAAACCAUUUAUGGAGGACCGAGACGAGAUAGAAAUCAGCGAACUAACUGCCAAGUCGGCGGCUGAGCCCAUGCCGCGGAAUGUGCAGGAUUUCAAGGACCACCCAGUCUACGCUCUGGAGCGGCACCUUCGUUGGAACGAGGCCAUCUUUCCCAAACGUGCAAUCGGGCAAGUCGGGGUCAAUAAGUCGGGGUCGAAAAAACAGUCCCUGGAACCGGUUUACCGUCGUGCGAAUGUGCAUCCUCUUCGGAGCGCAAACGGGUGGUAUCGUCUGGGGCGAGAUAUCAAAGUGGGCGAGCAGCCUCUCAAGCAUGUUCGGGCUAACAGAAUCAAAGCGCCAAACGUCAAUGAAGAUGGAGAAGCUGACGAUGAGACUGCGCGGACACCACUGUAUGCAUAUUUUCAGACAGAACCCUACAAGCCACCACCUGUCGUCGAUGGCCGGAUACCAAAGAACAUGUAUGGCAAUCUGGACGUAUACGUACCCAGCAUGGUUCCGCAAGGUGCUGUUCACAUUAAACACGGUGAUGCUGUGCAGGCUGCCCGAAUCCUUGGCAUAGACUACGCAGAAGCGGUAACAGGUUUCAAUUUUAAGGGGCGGCAUGGGACUGCCAUAUUCGAAGGCGUGGUCAUAGCUGAGGAGUUCCGUGAUGCUCUGGAGGAAGUCAUCCAUGGUCUUGAGGAUGAGCGGUUGCAAUCUGAACUGGAAUACAAGUCUGCCGAAGCCCUUCGGUUAUGGAAACUAUUUUUACUCAAACUUCGGAUUGCAGAGAGGGUCAAGGGCUACGCAGUUGAGGGCGAAACUGGGUCUAUCAUGGGCGAGGAGGAAUCUGAAGAGAACGCUGGCGGCUUCUUCCCUGAACCUGAACAAGGAACGGCCAGUGUGGUUUUCGGACAGGGCGCUCCAGGUGGAGAUAUCUCUCCCCAGCCCAUUCCAGAGGAUGAGACCAUGGGUGGAGGAUUCAUGGCUGACGAGUCGAUGGAGAACACAGCAGAGCCCAAGCCCUUAGGGCUUGAUAUAAGAAACGUCGCUGGGACCAGCCACUCACCCGGAAGACCUUCGCAAAGUCGAUCCCGUUAUACACUGGUCGUCACUCCAAGUGACAAGAGAAAGACUUGCGAUUCAAAUCAGAAUGACAGAGCAAGCGCGCACUUACAUGGCGAUGUCCCAAUCCAGAAAGGUAUGGGAACACCAGAAAAAGAAACAGGGCAACCACAAGAAACCGCUCCAACGGGGGUCACGGGUGUAUCUGAGAAUCCGAUCCUAAUAGAGUCGUCAACGGGUGAACACUCGAAACAGGGUAGUGUCGAGGUACUCUCGCGACCACCGUCGCCGAAUGCCGACGGGAGAUCAUCGGAUGGCAGUGUUGAGGCGGUUUCGUUGUUGUCGGAGGAUCCAGAGGAUGAGGAUGCUGUUCCGGAGUGGUUGAUGUCGGAUUAG